UGGGGGGUAAGACGUUUACGUGCGUUUUGGACUACGGUUUAGCGUCGUUGACGCCUCUGACGCCUGCUUGCUGAUCGGAUUGGUCGGACGGCGGGCAAAAUGGAGGGGCGCAAGGGGGUCCGUUGGCUGUGCGCUUGAUCAGUCUUGAAGAACGGGUUAGGCUCUUGCAUACAGCCGAUGGCAAUGCGUUGAUUGUACAGCCGAUGCUCUGAUCAUCAGAUUAGUGGUGGACGUCCACAUGGAUGGAGUGACGUGAGCGACUUGCAAAUGGGGGACGCAUUCAAGGACUAUGCUGCUGGAAUUGCUGCUGGCAUCGCGACGGUUCUUAUCGGACAUCCAUUUGACACAAUCAAGGUGAACCUCCAGGCUAAAGAUGCAAACAAACGCCACGGGCCCCUGCACGUUACCUCGAAUAUCGUCCGACGAGAUGGGGUCCGAGGACUGUACCGAGGGGCCAGUUCUUCGUUCUUGGGCGUCGCUGCAGAGAGCUCGGUGCUCUUUGGAUGUUACUCUCAGAUCAAGGGCAUGUUGCAUCCAUCAAAGGAAGGGGACGCACCCUAUUCAGCGAUCAUUCCAGCGGCAGCGGUUGCUGGAGCGAGCGUCAGUCUGAUCUUGUGUCCAACGGAGCUUGUCAAAUGCCGGCUGCAGAUGCAGGACCGCGAGUCAAGGGCCGGGGGCCAGCGGAAGUACAACGGACCGUUUGAUUGCGUUUCGAAGACAUUUAAGCAGGAGGGUUUGAGGGGGUUUUACCGGGGCCUCAGUGCGACAGCAAUCAGAGAGUCCCUUGGCAACGUGUGUUUCUUCACCACUUACGAAGUGAUCCGGAAGUACAUGACCAAGGUUUUGGGAGGCCGGCCUGUCGGCGCUCCCCGAGUUGGCACGCACUCGGAACCCGAUUCUUACCUGGCCAUGGCUGGUCAGACCAUAAAGGACAUUGCCGUCGAAGGGACGACGGGUAUCGUUAGCGGCGGAGUUGCGGGCAUCGUGUUUUGGGCCAUCGUCCUCCCCUUCGACGUCAUGAAGACGCGGAUGCAGACAGAGCAGGCUGUGGGGGCUGCGAAGCACGGGUUCUUCAGCACUUUCCACAUGAUUCGGAAAGAGUCGGGUAUCUCAGGCCUGUAUGCGGGGCUGAGCCCGACUCUAGUUCGCGCCUUCCCUGCUAACGCGGCCGCCAUUGUGGCCUGGGAGCUCGCUGCAAGAGCGCUCUACGAGAACCGAGCAUAAGAAUGAUUCCAGAUCAAUCUGACGUUACGUAGAAGCACCUUUUAGGCUGGGAAUUGAGAGAUCAAACGUGGCGUCUUCGCAUGCGACGCCUGACGUGAAGCAGAGCAAAGGGUUGAGAAGUGUCUAGGUGCAAUGUUUACAACAUCGCAACCAGCGGAAAUUUCUCAGGUCCACGUGUGUCUCGCUCUUACAAGAGCACUCACUCGGAAAGAGCUUUCACGAGCGGUUGCCAGGUUUACUUUGAGUGCAUAAGUAUGUGUCCAGUGUCAAUUGCAAGCACGCAAGUGACGGCGGCUUUUUGCUUCUUCUUGAAUCCAUGAACGGCAAUUGUGGGCGCAUAAUUGCUACGAACCUGCAAUCAUCCACCGAC